AUGUCAGGGUCGAGCACCAGCUGCCGCUCCCCCCUGCUGCUCGUCUUGCUUCUCUACCCCCUUGCCGGCGAGUCCCAGCACACCGCCGCGGCCGGCGGUGAGUGCGACACGCUACUCGCCGUAAAGAAGGACUGGGGCAGCCCUACGCAGCUCGCGUACUGGGACCCCGCCACCGCCGCCAACCACUGCACCUGGAAAGGCGUCAGGUGCGCCGGCGGCGGGAUUGUCACGGAGCUCUCCUUCCCGGGCCUAAACCUCACCCGCCCGGUCCCGGCGUCAGUGUGCGCGCUCAAAAACCUCACCCGCCUCGACCUCUCUUACAACACCCUUACCGGCGCCUUCCCCGCAGCCGCACUCUACGCCUGCGCGCAGCUCCGUUUCCUCGACCUCUCCAACAACCACCUCUCCGGGCCCCUCCCGGCCGACAUCGAUAGGCUCUCGCCGGCGAUGGAGCACCUCAACCUCUCCACCAACCUCUUCAUCGGCGAGGUGCCGCCAACGAUAGCGAGACUCACGGCGCUCAAGUCCCUGCUGCUCGACACCAACCGCUUCAGCGGUGCGUACCCGGCGGCCGGGAUUAGCGAGCUCGUCAGGCUCGAGAUGCUCGCGCUGGCCAAUAACCCGUUUGCCCCGGCUCCCGUGCCACCGGAGUUCGGCAAACUGACCAAGUUGAACUACCUCUGGAUGAGCGGCAUGAACCUCAAUGGCGAGAUCCCCGAGGCGUUCUCCAGCCUCACGGAGCUCAAGGUGCUCCGCAUGUCGUCGAACAAACUCACCGGCAAAAUCCCGGCGUGGGUGUUGCAGCACGGGAAGCUCGAGUACCUCUACCUGUUUGGCAACGGCCUCUCAGGUGAGCUGCCGCGAAACGUCUCGGCGGUGAACUUGAUUGAGCUUGAUUUGUCCAUGAAUCAUCUCACCGGAGAGAUACCGGAAGCCUUCAGGGAUCUCAAGAAACUCACAUUGAUGUUUCUUUACCAAAACCAACUCACUGGAUCCAUCCCAGCAUGGGUGUUUCAACACGAGAAGCUCGAGUACCUCUGCCUGGACGAGAACGGUUUCACGGGCAACCUGCCGCGCGAUAUCACGGCGACCAACUUGAUUUUGCUUAAUCUGUCGAGGAAUCAGCUUACCGGAGAGAUACCGCAAGGCUUUGGAAAUCUAAAGAACCUGAAAAGGUUGUUUCUUCAGAACAACAGGUUCACCGGCACGCUCUUUCAAGAUGGGAUGAAAAUUAUUCAUGAGGGGAUAAAGAAGAUUCGGGAGCUCUUGAAGCACAUUGUCUCUUCGCCCUCAAGAAUGCAAGCUUUUAAUGAAAUUGCAGUGGUGAAUGGUCUUCCAACAAAACAUGGUAUUGCUCUUGACAUACCCAACCAUUGGAAUUCCACCUUCAAGAUGGUUGCAGAAGCAAUAAAGUACAAGACCGUCCUGAAUAGCUAUGCAAAUCAACAUGCAGAAAUUCCUCCAAAUGAAUAA